AUGCAACAGGUCUUGAACGUUUUGACGGACGAGCAGUUGAUCGUAAACAGGAGCAGUGGCAUCGUUGUCAGCGUGAGCACAGGGGCGUCGGACUUAAUAGGCGGAGGCGCUGUUGGAACACAAGUAUCCCAAUUCGCACACAUCAGUGAUCGUGCCAACAUGGAGCAUCAGUUCAGAACGAGCAGGGGGCAACCCUCGGAUAGCUUCCUAGCCACGCUUCACUACAUGGAUUCAAACGGUAUACCCACGCACGAGUUCGAGGUUCGCAUCAUAAUCUACGAGAUCACCGGGCAUCUUCUGCACAUCGCCCUUCAGCUCGUGGGCGAGGUGAGGCUGUGCCACCUUGGCAAUCGCAGCGCCGAGCAGCCACCGAUGAGCAAUUCGAGCGCCGCUUUGGCCCUGACCGAGGGCCCCUCACUGCAGGGAGAUCGCGCGGCACCAGCUGCGCACCAAGGGCACUGGGGAGAUGGCCAGCAGUCGACAGUCCACGGAGAGGAAGAAGCAGCGGCCGCCGACCACCAGGGCCUCGUCCUGCUGCCCGGACAGGCGAGCAGCGAGUCGUCGGCCGUACACCGAGGGCGCCAGGGCGACGGCGAGACGUCGGGACACUGA